AAAAAUGUUGAAACGUUUGCGAGAUGCAGAAGAAACGUUUAAGAAGAAGAAGCAGCUUAAGCUAUUGUUCAAAAAAGUCGUUCGACAAGUGAUUAUUAACACACAAUGGCUUGAUGAUAAUGAAGAUGAGCAAAGGAGCCAUCCUUUUUCCAGUAGUGCUAAGAGAAAUUUAUCAUUGUUGGUACGCACGAAGAGAAAAAGCGAAUUGUUGACGGCGAAAGAUAAAUCGUUAAUACGCACUCCACACUAUUUUCGGACGAUAUCUGAUCGAAAGAAAUUGUGCACGUUAUUUGCAGGAUUAAAAUGCUUUCAAAGUAUUCCACCAAAAUUACGUGCUCGUUUGGUGCCCUUUUUACAAUUAAUGUCCAUUAAUGCGGGGCGUAUGGUUAUAAGAGAAGGUGAUGUGCCACAUACAGUUAUUUUUGUUGUAACAGGGGAAAUUGAGAUGUCAAAAACCAAACUCAUAAAAAUUUCUAACAAGUUGGUGUCUGAAGGAAAGAUAAUGUUUGGACCCGGGGAUUGCAUUGGCGACUUAGAGAUGACAGAGGAAUGCAACCGUAUUCAUACUUUCAUAACUAGGUCCCAAUGUGAACUUCUGGCACUGUUCGAGGAUGAUUUUGAUUCUAUUCUAAGGCCUUACAUGAAGAAGAUUUGGAUUGAGAAGAAGAAAGCCUUGAAGGCUUUAGACUACUUUAAUUUUCUAGACGAAGAACAGAUUUUAAAUGCGUGCAAAAUGAGUUCCCUUAGGCAGUUUAAGCCUCUGGAUACUAUUUACUCCCACGAUAAGGGAACACUGACAAAUGUUCACUUUGUAUUGAGCGGGGAGUGUGUUGUUCUUCAGUGUCUAAAUGUAAAGGUAAAACACAGAAAUGGUAAAAAAGUUUAUGAACUUGUAGACACAUUGGAUGAAGCCAACAUAUCUGAGGAUAGUGAUAACGAUUCCAAAAACAAGGACAGCCAAUCAACUUUGCAUUUAAGCAGUGAUGAUGACAAUGAACCAGAUAAAAAAAGGUUUAAAAAAAUGAAACUGAAAGAUAUAGAACUGGCAUGUGCAAUGGGCAAAGAUUCAUCGAUUCAUAGACAUCAAACUUAUCGAAACAAAGGUUCAAGCUCAAGGUAUUCAGCUCAUGAAGAUGUCGAAGAAGAAGAACUGUCGUUUUACGAGGAAGAAUUUAAGGAAACUAGCUCGAGCUCAAUCUAUUCUUUCAAUAAUAUAAAAAAAUUAUCAGUGCAAGAAUCGAGUUUACAUUCAUUAAUAGAAACUGAAGAUAGCGAAGAGUCCAAUGAAUCUGAAAUAGUUAAGGAAAAAUCGGUCUGUCGCUUUGCACCAACUGUUAUUGAUGAAACUUAUGAGAGUCAUUUCAUUGAUGUUGGAUCCUUAACAUUUGGUGGCAUUUUUGGAUUGGGCGAAAAAACGCAUCAUCGUGUCAUUAUGGCCCGAGAUACCGUACAAUGUCUGAUGUUGCCGCGAUUCUUUUUACUGGAUCCCAAUCUUAAUCCUGGAAAUAUAUGGCAACGACGACUAUUCUAUCUAAAUUGCAUCAUUCCUACCAGGGAAAUGCUAUUCAAUGAUUUUCUUAGGAAUCUUAAGUGGAAAAAAUUCAAAUCCGAUUACUUGAAUGAAAAUUUGAAGUCAAUCGCAAAUGACAUUGCCACCAUUGAUGAUAUACCAAUUUUGUGUCGCAUUGAAGAAGGCAUAGAAAAUUAUUAAAAAAUUAUAUUGCUAGUUUCCAAAAAAAAACUAAUAA